UGGCCAGAGUGGAAUUGAAGCAUAAACCGCUACGUUUGAUAUCUGAUAAACUAACACUACACACGGUCACCCUCCUCUCCCGACAAGGACACAGAAAAACAAUGGCGAAGCCAGAGAGCACAAGCAGAACCUCAAGAUGGUCCCUCGCCGGAUUCACAGCUCUAGUCACUGGUGGAACGCGUGGAAUCGGGCAUGCUGUAGUGGAAGAACUGGCUGAGUUUGGUGCCACAGUGUAUACUUGUUCUAGGAAUGAAGAAGAGCUUAAUAAAUGCUUAAAUGAGUGGAAAAAUAAGGGUUUUUCGGUUCAUGGAUCGGUUUGCGACGCGUCGUCUUCUUCUCAAAGAGAGCAGCUUAUUCGUCAAGUGGCUUCUGCCUUCAAUGGCAAGGUCAACAUACUUGUAAACAGUGUUGGAACGAAUGUGAGGAAGCCAACAAUUGAGUAUACAACCGAAGAAUAUUCGAAAGUGAUGGCUACGAACUUGGAUUCUGCAUACCAUCUAUGCCAACUGGCGUAUCCUCUUCUCAAAGAAUCUGGAAAUGGAAGCAUUGUGUUCAUUUCCUCGGUUGCAUCUCUCACAAGUGUAGGUUCUGGAACCAUCUAUGCGGCGAGUAAAGCUGCAAUCAAUCAGCUGACAAAAAGUCUUGCUUGUGAAUGGGCAAAGGAUAAUAUAAGGAGCAAUUGUGUUGCACCCUGGUAUACAAAAACACCACUUGUGGAACAUUUAAUUGCUAACGAAGAGUUUGUGAAUGAAGUACUAUCUCGAACACCGAUAAAGCGGAUAGCAGAAGCACAUGAAGUGUCUUCCUUGGUGACUUUCCUUUGCCUGCCUGCAGCUUCCUACAUCACCGGACAGAUUGUUUCUGUUGAUGGAGGAUUUACUGUGAAUGGCUUUCAACCCAGCAUGAGGAUUACCUAAAGCAAGAAUGUCAUUUUUAUUUUCAGCAUUUGUUUCCAUAACAUAAUAAUGGUAUUCAUCAAAUUCUGGCUAGAGUGCAUGGCUUUCAGUUUGUCAUUUAUCAUUUAUCAUUUUAUUUUUUGAAUGGUAUUCUUGAUCAUGUUCAUCUACCAUGACUCGUCUAGGAAUGAAUAAAUGGAACGGAAGCCACCAUGACUCAUCUACCAGAAGUCUUGCCUGCAUUUUUCCUGCAGAGAUCAAUAUACUCUUGAACAGAUUCUGGUUCUUCAUAUUUCUCUUGAUGUUACUCCAAUGAUUCUGCAUGAUUCUGUUGAACAGAUUUUUAAUGUUACUCUAAUAUUUCUCUUGAACAGAUUCUGCAUGAUUCUUACAUGUGUCCUCCAAUGACUUCUAUGGUUUUAAAUUGUGGUUAUAGUUAUGUAUUGCAAUAAAAAGGAGGAAACACAUGUUGAUGUGGUUUCUGUUGCAGUGAGACCACCUUUAUAUUGAAA